AUGAACAACAACAAACGCCUUCUUGUUUCGUUGCUGCGAAAUCAUGUAAGCAAAUCGCUCCUCCAACAUGGAGCAGCAAAACAAGCCAAAUCUUUACCAUCAUCGAUGACCCUACUUUUCACUCAAAAUCCCAUGGCCACACAACUACAUGGAUUUCAUCAAGAUUUGAUUUGUAAAUCUAAUUUAUCGUCAUCAUCAUCAUCGGACUCCAUCCACAAACACGUGCCUCCAAAGCCUUCAAGCACUACAACGGCUACAAGCGAAAAUACAGACUUGAAUGUAUCAACAGGUCCAACAACGACAACAACAGAAAAUCCAUCUCUCGUCGAAGAAGAAAAACCAUUGUUUUCCAAGAAAGAAAUUUUAAUUUUGGAAAGUGAAAAAGCAGCUCUUGGUCAUUUGUUGAAAAUUCUUGAAAGUGUUGAAGGUACUGAAGAGGAUAUUGAUUUAUUGAGAAAGAGUAUUUCGCAAUUGGAGGAACAUUUCUUGAUGGUCAUUGUUGGAGAAUUUAAUGCAGGAAAGAGUUCAUUCAUCAAUUCAAUGCUUGGAGAUCGAUAUUUGCGAGAGGGUAUUACACCAACCACUGCUCAUCUUCAUUUGAUCAAGUAUGGUGGAGAUUCAGUCCAAAAAUUCGAUGAAAGACAUCAAGUUGUAAAUAUGGAGCUUCCAUUGAAGUGGUUGAAAGGAAUUAGCGUUGUAGAUACACCAGGAACUAAUGCUAUUAUUAAGGAGCAUCAAACAAUUACAGAGACAUUUGUACCAAGAGCUGAUCUCAUUAUAUUUUUAACAAGUGCUGAAAGGCCCUUCUCUGAAAGUGAACAUACCUUCCUCGAAAUGAUCAGACGAUGGGGGAAAAAGGUUGUUGUGUGUAUUAACAAGUAUGAUCUACUUCAAAAUGAUAGAGAACGUGAAGAGGUUGAAGUUUUCGUUCGUGAUGGAAUUAUUCGUUUAUUGGGCUUUGAACCAAAGAUGUUUUGUGUCAGUGCGAGAAGUGCUAUGGAUUUCAAACAAGGCACCAGAAUUUCUUCCUUCUUAGCUCCUGAAGAACGAGAAAUUGCUGAAAAACAACAAAAGUCCAAACUUGUUGAAAAUUGGCUUGACUUGGAAAAGUAUAUUUUGCAAACCUUAAAUUCAAUUGAACGUGCAAAACUAAAGUUCCUUUCUCCAUUGGGUGUUGCUAACAAUUUGGCUGACAAGUAUUUAAACUCAACAAUCGAAGAGAGACUUAAAGUUUUGAAAGAAGACAAAAAAACAAUGGACAUUAUUGAAGAGCAACUACAAGUGUUCUACAAUGAUAUGAAACAGGAUUUUGAGCUACAACAAUCCAAAUUGGAAAAUAUUUUCCAUGAGCUUGUUGAACGUGGUACAUGUUUUUAUGAUAAUUUUAUUAAUUUAUCGAAUGUAUCCAGUUUGAUAAAUUCAAAGAUUGUAGCUGAAGAAUUUCAAAACCAAGUCAUUGCCAACACAGCCACUCAAAUUGAAAACCAUGUAUCCGAAGUCAUUGAUUGGAUUAUUGACCGAAAGUAUAGACAAUGGAAAGCGGUAACAGACUUUGCAAACAAACGAGCCAGAAUUUCUCUUCAUGAAGAUAAGCUUGUUGGAUCUCUUUCAAGUGAAUUCCAAUUCAAUAGAAAGGAGCUCCUUCUCAAGAUUGGUUCCAGCGCAGAGAAUGCUGUGCGCAAUUAUGAUAGAGAGCACAACGAUACGGACAAAUUGUUUGCAGAAAUAACAAGCAGUCUCAAGACAUGUGCUGCUGUCGAAGUUAGUGCCAUUACAAUUGGUGUGUCUUCUGCUUUGUUAAUGCCAACAGCAGCGAUGGCAGGUGCUGGAAUUCUUGGUGCUGUUGUUAUGGGUGCUGGUGGCUUGUACGCUCUACCUUACAAGAGAACAACAUUAAGAAAGAACUUUAUUACAGAAGUGAACAAGUUAAGAGAUACUUUAAAGCAGAGAAUGAGAGAAGAAUUUGAAAGAGAGUUGUUGGACAGUAUUGACAGCAUUAAGAAUUCUAUCACACCAUAUUCACGAUUUGUAAAAGCUGAACAUGAAAAGUUUUCAACUCAAAAAGAAAGAUUAAUUGAACUCCAAAAGCUUCUAAAUCAAAUCAGAAGGGAAAUUGAGAAUUUGCAAGAAACUGAUCUGGCAAGGAAGUAA